AAGUAGAUGACUACAUACUGUUUCGAGAGGGUUUGUGAGAUUAUGAAGAACUUGGGGAGAAAGCGGCAAAAAUUUAUGAAAUUCCCGAUCGCAUGCAUGACGUCACGCGUCACCCCAUCCCUCCUUGUCUUCAUACCACCACCACCAACAUCGUCUCGUCGUCCUUUUCUCUCGUUAACCCAACCUUGCCCAUGCACAACCUCAAACGCGCGGGCUCCAACCCCGCCGGCCCCGCCCCCACCGCCAAAAAAUCCCGACCCCUGUACGAAACGCCUUUCCCGAACCCGUCCAGCGAUAGCUUAGCGUACAAGCUCCCUUCGAGCGUCCCCAAGGACACGGGAAAGUUAUCACCUGUGCCUGUAGUUCGCAGGACGAGCUCGAGGAACUUGAAGGAGAAUAGGGUCGGGAGGAAGUCCAAGUCCAGGUCCAAGGGCGUACUGGAGAGCUCUUUCCCCAUCGAUGCAGAUAUCAUUCCUAUUCACUUUCCCAAGCGUACGUUGUCGGACAAGUACCCAGUGAAUGUACAACUCCUACCGCUACAGUCCCAGCCGACGACAACCUCUCCCCAGUUCCAGCAGCUCGAGUUUGAGAGGGGACGACGUCCUUCUGAGCCGGCGCCUCCCCGUACGCAUAUCUCUUUCCUUGACUCGGAUAUCAAAAAACCGGGAAACGUCGAAUUCAGUAUUCCUUCUUCCAAGGUGGAUUUCAAUCGGCCGCCGUCACAGUUGUCGCUCUACGAUGGGAUGUUUGCAGAUGUUCAAUUCGUGUCGACUCCUUUCCGGUUCGCUAGGAACCUGGGUGAAGGGACGGUCGGCCCGCGUCUGUUGUCGAAGCCGUUGAGCGACACGGAUACGGAUGAGGAAGGGGAGGGGGAUAUCAUGAGUCCGUUUAAGCUUUUGAAGAGGUCGUUGCAGAAGAAGCGCCAGAUGUCUGCGGGGUAUAUGAGUCCCGACGAAGAAGAGACUGAGUGGAUCACUGAUUCAUUGAUCUCGCCGCCUACGAGGGCAGAUGUGGAGAUGGCUGAUCCUGAGCCGGACAUUGCAGAGUUGUUGUCUUUGGAUAGCUUGAUUUUGGGUUAUGAAGAAGACAGGCCGGGGCCUGUACGCACGCGUUCGCUUGAUUCUGCAGCGUUGUCGCUAGCGCCGAUGAAAACUGCGACGACUAGGAGGACUCGGAGCGGGAGUGUUCUGCAGAAUGCGAAUACGAAUGAUGUGACUGUUGGGCAGGGCGGGGCGGUUACUCAGUGGGCGAGCAGAAACAUCUUGGCGCCGCCACCUGUUGUGGGGAGGCCGUCAGCGCCUGUUGGAAGGAAAGGCGUCUUGGCGCAUCGGAGAGGGAACACGGUUGGUGGAGAUGGAGACGACGAGUAUUCGGAGGACGAGCACUCCGGAAGACGAUCUGCCGCUUCCUCGUCCUCGCGUACGCCGGGCGAGGGUGAGGGAUGGGCAGAUGAAGAUGUAUAAACACCCAGCUGUGGAAGGGGAAGAGGCCGGGAUGGAAGAAGACGACGAGUUGCUAAAUAAGUAGUUUUUCUGGUGCGCUAUUGAAAUUGGGACUUUUUUGGUUUUUUUUUUUGCUCUGGCUUGGAUUGUUGCUUUGGCCUGACUGCACUGGAACUGUAUUGACUAGGCUCUUUGGACUGGCUUGAAAGUGUAAUUGUAACUCUGUGGCUUGAAUGUAUGUUUUUAAGAAAUGGACAAUUUUGUACUUGUUGAGAGACUGAGGUAGUGAGCGCUUGAGCCUUAAUGCAGACGUCG